AUGUCUUCAGCAAACGAAGCUGCUAAUGCUUUACCAUCAAAUUUUGAUAUGAACGGGUUAUCGAAGGCACUUAGCAAUCCAAUACAAGCUUUUAGUAUGCUGGAUAAAAAUGGUGAUGGUCGUGUCACAAAAGAAGAUUUACAAUCAUUAUUAGAACAGUUCGGUAUUAAUGGAAUGGCAGCUAAAAUCUUAUCGAAAUAUAUAUUUAAGCAAUUAGAUGCGAAUGGUAAUGGUACUAUUGAACCAUCUGAUCUUGUCAAUGCUAAGGGUAUACUUUCAAGUCUUUUUAAAAUGAAACAAGGUGGUGGAGGCUUUUAA